UAAGGUUUUGCAAAGUGGAGUAGUCAGUAAUUAUAAUAUUUGCAAUAAUUUAAAUAAAUAGGAUAUAUUUCUAAGAUUUCUUGUGGUCUAUUGCGUCUGUGAAUUAAAAAAAUGGGCAAUGAAAACUCAAUUCCGAUGGAACUUUGUUCAAACUCCCGUGUUAACUGCCUUGAUUUUAAGGUGGAGAACUUCGACGCGGACGAGAUCCGGCGACUGGGCAAGCGCUUCCGGAAGCUGGACCUGGACAACUCGGGCGCGCUCUCCAUCGACGAGUUCAUGUCGCUGCCGGAGCUGCAGCAGAACCCGCUGGUGCAGCGCGUCAUAGACAUAUUCGAUGCCGACGGCAACGGGGAGGUGGACUUUAAAGAGUUCAUCCAGGGCGUGUCGCAGUUCAGCGUGAAGGGCGACAAGCUGUCAAAGUUGCGGUUCGCGUUUCGUAUCUACGACAUGGACAACGACGGCUACAUUUCCAACGGGGAACUGUUUCAGGUGCUCAAGAUGAUGGUGGGCAACAAUCUGAAGGACACGCAGCUGCAGCAGAUCGUGGACAAGACGAUCCUGUUCGCGGACAAAGACGAGGACGGCCGCAUCUCCUUCGAGGAGUUCUGCGACGUGGUGGGCAACACCGACAUACACAAGAAGAUGGUGGUCGACGUGUAGGCCUCCGCCCGGGACUCCGCCCGCGGCCCUCCGCCCUCGGCCCUCGGCCACAUCACCACCUCUAUCUGUCUGCGGUUUUAAAUAUGCCGAUUACAAACAUUUCAUUUGUCCCCGAAAAAUCCUUAUGGAUCUUUGCCAUUAUAGCUUGCACCCGAAAGCGUUACCACCUCACAUGAGUCUCAGAUAGUCUUAAUAUAGUCACAGAAUUUCUAUUUACUAUUUUAUUUUACUAUAAGGAAAUAAAAAAUGAAUCUUUCCGUAAGUAAAUGCGAUGGGAAAGUUUCGCGCGGUGUAAAACUUGCACCUAUAUGUAGUACAAGACAGAGUUCGCGCGCGGCAACACUCGCGUCGGACCGUUAUUACAAAUUAUAUCAUUUUCCAUUUUUGAAACAAAAAAAAUUUAUACAAUUAACGUGGUUUGUGCUUUAUAGUUAAUAUAAUAAUAUUUGAUUAAAGCGAGCUACGUAAAUGUUGUUUGUGUAGUUAAAGUGAAGUCAGCGAGCAGCGCCGGCUGCGGCGCGAGUUCAUACACUAAGAUAAUUUAAUUUUAGGACUUUCAUUAAUUUAGUACAUUCUAGUAUAAUUCAGAAACUAUACGUAGACAAAUCAGAGAUGUAUUUUUAUUAUUUCGUUGAGGUAAUUUUAAUCGGUAUUGUUAUUUAGUAUUUUAUUUGUCCGGACGUCGGAGGUCAAAAUGGAGUCCGACAGCGGCGAUAUCGUUGUAUCGCUUUUUAUAUUUUAUGGCAUAAUAUCUAUCAGAAGUUCAUCUCGCGAACUGCAUCUUCCUCUCUCCUGUGUUUGUCUGUCGCUCGCUCCUCACUCACAGACUCGACAAAUUUACAAACUACAUAUUCGAAUUAUUUGUAAAUUUUAAAUAAAUUCCUCACAAUACACGAUACAUUCGUACCAGGUAAUACGCUGGUGUAGUUUGACGCGACCAGAUCCACAUCCUGUACCGGCAUCCUUCAUCCUUCCUAAGUUCCUCUCCACAUCCUCACCCUGUCCUUGUCCGCAGGUGCUGUGUGCGCUGCGCUGACGCCGCACCGACAUCCUCCAGACAUCCUCCAGACAUCUUCCCGCCUCGCAACCGACACACUCAGAUAUGUCACCUCGCAAAGUGCUAGCUACUUCAUGAUCUAAACCACUUGCCACAAUAUACAGAUACUAUAUUUGUAAAAUAAUAAUGAUAGUAUUGGCCGCAUUUAUGUUGUGAGUUGUGUCAGAGGAACGAGGUGUCUCCAUCUCUCCAAGUACAAACUAAAAGUGAGUGUCCCUCUUUGCGGCGAGGUCGCGCCUGUUGAGUCUAAUUAGACUGAAAACGUCGCUCGUCACUGGAUUUUUAACCGGAGUAUUUACAAUUUAGACAUCUAUUAUAAGACAAGAUUUGAGACUUGUCUUGUUUUAGAUGUUUAUGUACAACUGACAUCAAAUUGAUUCAAACGCACACACAGAAUGUAACACAGAUAAUGCAGUUUGUAACAUCGGCUGUGGUGCGAGCGAGGCGCGGUCUCUCCCCGCCUGGUGCCACCUCCUACAACUAUUCUGAAUUUGAACUGAACAU